CAUGGAGAGCGGAGCCUGUGUGGCCGCCACCCCCAGAGCACUGCCUUACUAUGUGGCCUUCUCCCAGCUGCUGGGGCUGACUGUGGUGGCUGUGACGGGUGCCUGGCUCGGCCUAUACCGAGGCGGCAUCGCCUGGGAGAGCGCCCUGAAAUUCAACGUGCACCCCCUCUGCAUGGUCAUCGGCCUGAUCUUCCUGCAGGGUGAUGCGCUGCUGGUUUACCGUGUCUUCAGGAAUGAGCCCAAACGCACAACCAAAGUCCUGCACGGGCUGCUGCAUGUCUUUGCAUUCAUCAUUGCCCUGGUGGGCUUGGUGGCCGUGUUUGACUACCACAGGACCAAGGGCUAUGCUGACCUGUACAGCCUGCACAGCUGGUGUGGGAUCCUCGUCUUCAUCCUUUACGUGGCGCAGUGGCUCGUGGGCUUCAGCUUCUUCCUGUUCCCUGGAGCUUCGUUUUCCCUGCGCAGCCGCUACCGCCCACAGCACGUCUUUUUUGGUGCCUUCAUCUUCCUCUUUUCUGUGGGCACAGCCCUGCUUGGCUUGAAGGAGGCCCUGCUGUUCCAACUGGGGACCAAGUACAGCACGUUCGUGCCCGAGGGGGUCUUGGCCAACAUGCUAGGCCUGCUGCUGGCCUGCUUUGGCCUGGUUGUGCUCUACAUCUUGACUCAAGCCGAGUGGAAGCGGCCACCCCAGGCUGAAGAGCAAGCUCUCUCGAUGGACUUCAAGACGCUGACGGAGGCAGACAGUCCCAGCUCCCAGUGA